UCGUGACCUGUUCCCCCCUCUACCAAUAGGCGAGCGGCGGCGGCUGCGGGCCGGCGGAGCGCGGCGGCGGCGGGCGCGGGCAGGAUGAGCGGGGCCCUGCGCGCGGCCUGGCGGCUGCGCGGCGCCGCGUGGGGCUGGGCCGGGCGGCGGCGGCGGCUGAGCCAGGCGGCGGCCGGCGAGGCCGAGGGCAGCGGCGGCGAUGGCGGCGGCGGCGGCUCGGGGUCGCGGGAGGCGGUGGAGCGGCUGGUGCGGGCGCACCCGGUGGUGGUGUUCAUGAAGGGCAGCCCGGCGCAGCCGCUCUGCGGCUUCAGCAACGCCGUGGUGCAGAUCCUGCGGCUGCACGGCGUGCAGGACUACCGCGCCCACGACGUGCUGCAGGACCCCGACCUGCGCCAAGGAAUAAAAAACUACUCUAACUGGCCUACCAUCCCACAAGUAUACCUUAAUGGUGAAUUUGUUGGUGGUUGUGAUAUACUCCUCCAGAUGCAUCAGAAUGGAGAUUUAGUAGAAGAGCUGAAGAAGUUAGGAAUCCGUUCAGCACUUCUGGAUGCAGAAAAAGACCAAGACAAAAAGUAAAACAAGCAAAAAGAUGCUGUUACAGGAAUAAAGAAAAUCUUCGACAAGAACUUGUUACCAGAAAAGCCUUAUGUACUUUUUCUCAAAGAAGGCAUCUUUUUGAACUGACACUAAGAUUUAUCUGUGAAUGUCUGUUAGCUCAUGGUAAAUGCGUAGUAAUCAUGGUAUUCUGAUUUAUGGAUAUUGUUGUGAAAAUUUGAGUAUAACCACUGCACUAUAAAGCAUGUAUUUGUGGUGCAAAAAAGUUCACAUCUAAAAAGAUUCUCUUCUUGAUUGACGCAGGAGUAAACCAAAAGAUCUGAUAUUAUUUUUAUGGAUUGUCUGUGUAUGUUUUCUUGUUCUUUGAUACAUGAACCUAUGCAAACAAUGUUUGCAGUUCUCUUGCUUCUCUUGAAAAAUUGUUAACUAAUAGUAUAUCAGCUUUUUGUAUAAACACCUGGUGAUAAGACUUCCUGAGAGCCUGUAAAGUUUCUGUAACCUCAUACAGUAUAGGAGAAAAACAGUCUUCAAACAAUAUAGAAGAAAACAAAUAAUGUGAGAGUGCAUGAAAUAUGCUUUUAUUCCAAAGGGUAAAAAUAAAAACACUAGUAAAAAUACAUGUAUAAUGGUCGUUAUUACUUUGUAACUUGCUGAUGGCUUUUAAAAGCCAAAAUCUCUUGCUGAGAAUUGUGCCUAAAGAUUUUACAAAACCUUUUCUACCUCUUGCAAAGUGGCUUUCCCCCUGCUUACAUACUUUUUGUAUUGCAGUUUCUCUAUCAGUGCUGAAAUGUGGGAAUUGCUCAAGGCUUCAGUACAUUUGCUUGAAAUAGUACAGGAUGAGAAGAGUUCAGUUACUUACUGUAAUCUUAUACUAUUUACUCGUUACCAAGUUAUCUUUUUAAAUUUGUUGUAUUUCCAAGUAUUUUCUCCUGAGUGCUGUGCUGCAAAGAGGAUGGUCGUCAAACAUUGGAUAAACAAAUGAAAUGUUUUGUGUAGAUAAUGAGGGCAGCAGAAAGGCCACUGAACAGAUAAACAUUUCUUUGUUGGAAAGUCUCUGAUGUCUUCAUGAGCUGUGUAACCCUGUUUCCCGAAGUUAAAAGAAAUUAUCUUAAACAGUGUAGCUUCAGCUGUGCAGCAAAACUGCUAAAGUUAAAAGUUCAUCAAGCUGUUCCUAAGUGUAGUUUACUUUUAUUAAUAAAAAAAGUUUGCAUGUGAAUUAGGCAAAUAAUUGGAAAUAAACUGUUUUAUCUUCAUUGUCUACAAUAUUUCCUUUUUUCUCUCUAAUAAAACUGAUACUACUGUUCA